UAAGCAUGAAGGACACCUGAUACCCAAGAACUUUUUUUGUUUUAUUUUUCCAUUAACUGCUUUGUAAUAAAGUAAGAUUUUAUUGUUAUAGUUGCCUCCCUUAAGACUUUACUUAUAACUACAGACUGAGCCUCAAACAAGAAAAACCACAAGGGAGUCUUCUACAUUAUUCUUGAAGGACUGCAACCCGUGGACCGGCUAGACUGAAAAUGCUGUUUCUGUGGUGUGUUCUGGUCCUUGUGAACCUGGUAUCAGUGGCUACAGGCACCAGUGCAGGAGUUAAAGUCAGAUUAACUCAGAAGGGGCUUGAGUAUGUUUUUUGAAGGUCCCAGAGUGGAGACAUGUAGGCACUCUCAGACUCGAAUACGGGACUCGAGACUCGACUCGGACUCGAACACUGGGGACUUGAGACUCGACUCGGACUCGAACUCUGGUAAUGGUGACUCGACUUGGACUCGACUCGGACUCUUCUUUGGUGACUCGGACUUGGACUCGGACUCGAACACUGGGACUCGAGACUCGACUCGGACUCGACAGUCAACAGAUCGAAAUCGACUCAAUCCAGCAGAAACUCAAAACUAUUAAACUGAUGGAUAUGAGUGGCACAGAAAAACUGGAUAUUGGAAAAGUCGAAUAUAGUAUUACAGGGAUGCAGAUUGUAAACCUUGGACUUCCUAAAUCAGCAGUGGGCUUCGUUCCGGGCACUGGAAUCUUGCUUUCAGUUGCCAAUGCCUACAUCACUCUGCGUGGAAAUUGGAGAGUCAAGUACUUAAGGUUAAUAAGGGACACUGGGUCAUUUGAUCUGACUGUGAAUGAAUUGGCUGUUAGCAGCAAUAUUGAAGUCAAGAGUGAUGGCACCGGCCACCCAACAGUCAGCAUGACCAACUGUGCAGCGACUGUGGGAAGUGUCAAGGUCAAACUUCAUGGUGGAGCUAGCUGGUUGUAUAGUCUCUUCAGUUCCUUCAUGAAUACGGCUUUACACAAAGCUCUACAGAAACAGAUCUGUCGUUCAGUGACGGAUUCUUUUGCUGACAUGAACUCCUUCCUGAAAUCAUUAAAUGCCAAAGUGGAUCAAUAUGCUGAAAUUGAAUACACCAUGGUGGAGUCUCCUGUCAUUUCUAAUACUAUGAUUGAGUUGGGUUUUAAGGGUGAAUUCUAUAACAUUGGACAGCACAAGGAACCCCCCUUUUCCCCAAAACCUUUCUCAUUGCCAUCUCAGGAAACUAAUAUGCUGUACAUGGGAGUUUCUGCCUUCUCCAUUAACUCAGCAAGCUUUGUGUACCACAGAGCUGGCGCCCUCCGCCUCUACAUCACUGAUGACAUGAUUCCUUCUGAUUCUUCGAAUCGUCUGAACACAAAGACAUUUGGAACAUUCAUUCCUCAAAUUGAGAAAACCUAUCCUGGUCUGAUGAUGAAGCUGUUGUUUGAGACAGUGAAGGAGCCCCUCAUUACAUGUGAACCCAACAACAUGACUAUUCAGGCCAGCGGUAUGAUGACAGCUUUCGCUAUUCAGUCAGACGGCACACUGUCGCCACUCUUUGUCCUCAACCUGGAGGGCAGCGUCAGUACUAAUAUAUAUGUAAGUGGGCUCAAACUGGCAGGACAUGUGACCCUUGACAAAAUUCAUAUGAGCUUAGCAAAAAGCUAUGUGGGAUCAUUCCAGGUGACAUCUCUCGACGAUAUUUUCACAACGGUCUUGAAGGUUGCCGUCAUUCCCAAGGUUAAUGCUCAAUUAAAGGAGGGUUAUUCACUUCCUGCCACUGUCAAGAUGCAGCUUCAAAAAACUCAAAUCCAAGUUUUGAAGGACUACGUAUUGAUUGGAACUGAUGUUCAAGUUACAGCAUAAGCGACAUCCAGCGACGACUGCUCUUCUCUCCCUUCAUCAAUCACCUGUGCCCUCCUUGUGUUCUCCAGCAUCUUCCAGCAGCUCCUGGAAUCCACCGAUCUCCAUUAACUGAACUGUGCUCAGAUAUUCGGGUCUUACCAUGCUAUUCCUUUAAGAAAUCUGGCAUAAAAAAGACAUUGUUAUUCCUCUGAUAUCUUCCACCGAAGUCUCAAUAUUAUCAUUACUAUCAUCAUUACCAUUUAUUGACUUCUGUUGCACUCUCAUUAAUAAAAUACCUGGU